UUAGCUAUCGAUACACACAUGCCUAUCGAAUUUGCUGUCAAAAAAAACAGUCUUUUUUUUUGUAGUGUGUCUAACACACAGAUACUCCAGAUUAGCGCGUGCCACUUUUAAUUUCGACGGCCACACACAAAACAAAAAAAUAAAAAUAAUACACACACACAGAAAAACAACUUAACUGACAACAUACAAAAUGGGUAACGUGCUUGCGGCCUCAUCCGGCGUCGAUGCAGCAACGGCGCGCAGUAACAGUGUGGCAGCCAGUUUGGGUUUGCCGGAACCAUCGGCAAUUGCAUCCACAGAGCAAUCAGCGCCAUCGAUUUCCGACGCGAACGAUGCUUUUGGCAAGGACAAUCAAUUGGAGAAUCCGGGCACCGUUGAGGAAUUGCAUAAAAAGUGCAAAGAUGUACAAGCAAUCACUUUUGAGGGCGCCAAGAUCAUGCUGAAUAAGGGCCUGAGCAAUCACUUUCAGGUAUCGCACACGAUCAACAUGAGCACCACAGUUCCAAGUGGCUAUCGCUUUGGUGCCACCUAUGUGGGCACUAAGCAAUACAGCCCCACCGAGGCAUUCCCCGUGCUACUCGGCGACAUCGAUCCAUCCGGCAAUCUGAAUGCUAAUGUCAUACAUCAGUUCUCAUCGCGUUUGCGCUGCAAAUUCGCCUCCCAGAUUCAAGAGUCUAAGAUGAUGGCCACACAGCUGAGCACAGAUUAUAGGGGCAAUGAUUUUACAGCUUCUAUAACACUUGGCAAUCCUAGCAUAUUUACCAAUUCGGGUGUCGUUGUUGGCCAAUAUUUACAAUCGGUCACGCAGCGCAUGGCCCUUGGUGCCGAGGUCGCCUAUCAAUAUGGGCCCAAUGUACCUGGACGUCAGAUAGCCAUUGUUUCGGCAUUGGGUCGCUACUCCAAUGGUGACUCAAUUUGGUCUGGCACCUUGGGACCGAGUGGUCUCCACUUGUGCUACUAUCAGAAGGCUAGCGAACAGCUUCAAAUCGGAGUCGAGGUGGAAACCAGUCUCCGUAUGCAGGAGUCUGUUGCGACCAUAGCUUAUCAAAUUGAUCUGCCCAAGGCGGAUUUGGUGUUCAGAGGCUCAAUUGAUUCAAAUUGGCAUAUUUCGGGCUUUUUAGAGAAGCGUCUGCAGCCUUUGCCAUUUUCGUUUGCGCUCAGUGGACGCAUGAAUCAUGUAAAGAAUAACUUUAAGCUCGGCUGUGGUCUGAUAAUUGGUUAAGCAGCAAAGAAACAAACAUACCCACUUAGAUACACACACACACACCUCCAGCAACAACAAUAACAACAACUACAGCAACAGCAACAGCAACACCGGCAACAAACAACUACAAUUUGGAGAACAGAAAUUUAUGGACAGAAAACGGAAAACAUAAAAGGCGGACGCGGAAAUAUCAACAAAAUCAUAAUUGUAGUCUUUCAUCAUUCAAGUACACACACACACACCCACCUACCCACACACACACAUGCACAUACAACUGCAGCAAGCAUAUAUUAGUACAUGUAUAU